ACUAUUCAGUGGGGGAGUGUCCCAUGUAUUCUUCAGAAUGGAGACAUCACAGGCUACUCUGUGAGAUAUUAUGCUGAUGGUCCCGUGCAAACCAUGAGCAUCUUUGGAAUGAGUCUUGAAACUACUCUACCUGAUCUUGUUUCCUCUACCACAUAUUUGGUGCAAGUUGCAGCUGUGAAUAAUGUCGGCACUGGAGAAUUCAGUAACACUCGGUCUCAAAUGACAUUAGUUGCUGUCCCAGUUUUGAUGGUAGAUUCUGUGACGCCCACCUCCGUCUCCAUCUCCUGGACUAGUGGUGGUUCAGAAGGUGUCAGCUAUCUUGUGGAGUGGCAGAGAGACACCUCUGAAGACCAGGGAACUGUAACUAUCAUUGAUGCCUCUACUAGCUAUGUAAUCAGUGGACUGGAGGAGAACAGUAGGUAUAUCAUCAGAGUGAAUGCCUCUAAUGCAAUUGGA